AUGAAAGAACUUGCAUCAGAUUUAAGUAAAAUAAAUACAAAACUAAUGCAUCAAAUAGAAACCGAAAAAAAAUAUUGGAUUAGUGUACUGACCAGAGUUUGUUCGGUUGUUAAAAGUUUGGCAAGCCAUGGAUUAUCAUUUAGAGGUGAUGUAGAAAAAUUUGGAUCAUCUACUUCAAACACUGGCAAUUUUAUUAUGAUGAUGGAAUUACUUGCAGAGUACGACCCACUUUUAUCAGAACAUAUAUCUAAGUAUGGUAACCCUGGCAAAGGUAAUACUUCCUACUUAUCAUUUUCUACUUAUGAACAGUUCAUUAAAAUCAUGUCUGAAAAAGUCAUUAAUACCAUAGUUGAUGAAAUUAAAUCAUCGAAAUAUUUUUCUAUCAGCAUAGAUUCCACUCCAGAUAUAUCACACACUGACCAACUGUCUUUCGUUAUUAGGUAUGUGCUAUCGAACGGUGAGCCAAUUGAAAGAUUUAUUGGUUUUUUAGAAAAUGUUGGACAUAAAUCAGAAAAUCUAGCAGAAUCAGUUUUAUUAGUUUUAAAAAAAUAUAAUUUAGAUGUUUGUUAUUUGAGAGGUCAAUCUUAUGACAAUGCUAAAAACAUGUCUGGUAUUUAUUCAGGAGUUAAAGCAAGAAUAAAGCAAGUUUCGCCAUUAGCUGAUUUUGUACCAUGUUCGGCGCAUUCUUUGAACUUAGUUGGAUCGUGUGCUGCGAAUUGCUGUAAAGAAGCAAAUGAUUUUUUUCUUUUUAUUCAAAAUAUAUUUGUGUUUUUUUCUUCAUCCACACAUCGAUGGCAUAAAUUAAGUCAAUAUUCUAUCUCAACUGUAAAAAGUUUAUCCACCACGCGAUGGUCAGCAAGAGAAGACGCUUGCCACAGUUUAAAAAAAAAACUGGAGUUCUAUAAAACAACCAGAGGUUUAAUUAGACAAAUGAAUAAAUUAGAAACAGCAUACAUGACUGUAUUUUGGAGUGAUAUUUUACAUACAUUUAACAAAACUAGUCUUCUAUUACAAUCUGUUGAUAUUUAUAUAAGCACUGUAGUUAGUUUGUAUAAUUCGUUAAUUGAAUAUGUUCAAACUUUACGAUCAAUGUUUAAUGAUUAUGAAAAGUUGGCAAAAACUAUGUUUGACAAUGAUGAUUUAAUUACUGACUAUGAACACAAAAAUAGAAAACAGUCAUAUAUAACCAAAAUGAUUGAUUACAAUGAUAUUAUUAAAUCAUUUGCAUCAAAACAAUCUCGCAGAAAAGUUUAA